AUGAAAUUAUACGGAUAGACGCUCGUCGGACAGCCGCUAUAGGAUCAAUGUAUUUGCAGGAAUAAAUCAUGCAUUACAGACUGCAAAUAGGCCUAUUCGAAAAAAACAUAGCCUACCAUCAAAAUAAAUAAGUUGGAAGUAUUAACGUUUAAUGGUACGCUCACGGACAGCGUGUUUGACAUGUGGCGAAUCUCUGUUAAAAAACGUUGUGCUUUUUGUCUCUGCGCGAGUGCGUUUGUGUUUUUAAUCAUGACAUUUCAGGUUAUUGAGCAGUUAGGACGGUUUGAGCAGGCUGCACACAGCCAGCAGUUCACACACAUACAAGCCGCCCGGGCGAUAGAGGUCCCGUACCCUGUCAUUGUGUGGUGGUCUCCUCUGACCGGAGAACUGGGACGUCUCGGAGAGUGUGGCCGUAACAGGUGUUUCUUUACUGUUAACAAGUCCUAUCAUUCCCAUCCACAGACAAAAGCUUUUCUUUUCUAUGGUACCGAUUUCAGCAUUGAGAGUCUCCCUCUUCCUAGACAUGAGCAGCACCAGUGGGCACUGUUUCAUGAGGAGUCACCCAAGAAUAACUACAAGCUUUUUCAUGAGCCACUCAUUACCCUGUUCAACCACACAGCAAGCUUCAGCCGGCACGCUCAUCUGCCUCUCACCACGCAGCACCUGGAGGGCAUCAACGCUCUCACCGCACAAACACACCUGCUUUCUCUGGCCUACAAAAACCGCCUGAGGAAAACUCUGGCGCCUGUGGUGUAUGUCCAGUCAGACUGCGACCCACCAUCUGAUAGAGAUGUUUACAUUCAAGAGCUGAUGCAGCACAUUCAAGUGGACUCGUACGGACAGUGUCUUCAUAAUAAAGACCUGCCUCCUCACCUGAGAGACUCUACUGCAAUGGACGAUCAGAAUUUCUACCAGAUCCUCACCCAGUACAAGUUCAUCCUGGCCUUUGAGAAUGCCAUCUGUGAUGACUAUAUCACUGAGAAGCUGUGGAGGGCGCUCAAGCUAGGUGUUGUGCCAGUGUACUACGGAGCACCUAACGUACACAUGUGGUUGCCAGAUAGCAGGAGUGCGAUCGUGGUCGAUCCCAAUGAGCCGCCGAAGAAGCUCGCUCAGUAUAUAAAGAUGCUGGACAAGAAUGACUGGGAAUAUCUGAAAUAUCUGGAGUGGAAGCUCAAGCGUGAAAUCUCGAAUGUGAAUCUGGUGACCGCACUGAAGGAACGUCAGUGGGGUGUUCAGGAUAUCGGUCAAGAUAACUUCAUUGACGUCUUUGAGUGCAUGGUGUGCAACAGGGUCUGGGAGAAUAUCCACAGGCAGGAAAAGAAGCUGCCUUCUAAAGUUUGGCGAGCUGAAGAAAGCCACCUCAAGUGCCCAUCUCCAAAACUGUUUGACUUUGCCGUGAGCUCAAGCUCAUCUCUUCGGCAGAUGUGGAGAGCCAGUUAUGAACAAUCCAAGAAAGAAGCCAGAGCGCUCGGUCUGAUGCUUCGCAGGAACAGAAACUUCACUGUCACGCAGUUCUGGAGAGAAGUGUUUACAGACCGAGAGGAAACAGAUAACUGAACUGUAGUCAUCAUGUUUAUGUUGAUGGUAGACCUGUGGACUGCAUUUCAGGAGGAGAAAAAACUUCAAGGUAAUGUGUAAUUCAUAGGGCUAUUUCAUGUUAUGUGGAAAGUUAUGUCAUUCAUAACAUUAUAUUUGUCAUACAUAGUUUGACAUUUUGUCUCAAACACUCAGUUCAAUGCUCAGAUAACAUAUGCACUAACCAUUUGUUAUUUUAUUACUCCUUUACAGUUACACUUUAUACUAAUGUCCUAUUAGUUAAUGUUAAAGGGUUAGUUCACCCAAAAAUGAAAAUUCUGUCAUUAAUUACUCGCCCUCAUGUCGUUCCACACCCGUAAGACCUUUGUUCAUCUUCAGAACACAAAUUAAGAUGUUUUUGAUAAAAUCCGAUGGCUCAGUGAGGCCUCCAUUGCCAGCAAGAUAUUAACACUUUCAGAUGCCCAGAAAGCUACUAAAGACGUAUUUAAAACAGUUCAUGUGACUAAAGUGGUUCAACCUUAAUGUUAUGAAGCGACGAGAAUACUUUUUGUCUGCCACAAAACCAAAUUAGCGACUUUAUUCAACAUUAUCUAGUGAUGGGCGAUUUCAAAACUGCUUCAUGAAGCUUCGAAGUUUUACGAAUCUUUUGUUUCGAAUCAGUGGUUCGGAGCAUGAAUCAAACUGACGGAGCAUGAAUCAAAGGCACGCAAACUAUUGAAAUUUCGAAACACUUAUGACGUAGCGAAGCCUCGUUUACUAUAAUCACAUGACUUUCACACUCCGAACCACUGAUUUGAAACAAAAGAUUUGUAAAGCUUUGAAGCUUCAUGAAGCAGUAUUUUGAAAUCCCCUAUCACUAGAUAUUGUUAAAUAAAGUCGUUAUUUUGUUUUUUUUUGUGAUUUAUGCAAGUCAUUUAUAUAUAUAUUUUUUGUGUGAUUUAUGCAAGUCAUUUAUAAUUAUUAAAGGAGGAAAUUAGUUUGUUGAAUUUAGUUUUUUAACCAUAAGGGACAAUCACUUCACACAGUGACACUGUAAUAAAAACAUGAAAGAUGUGUGUUAUUUUGUUAUUUGUUCAUGGACUGUGACAUUAUUGGUAGAUUCUGGUUGAAGAUCUGAUGACAUUUAGAAUAAAAGUAUGCAACAAUUCAGAAAAUCAGACAGAAGCAAACAUUUUUUUACAGCUCUGUAUUUGUUUCCUGAGCAUCUUCUUUGUGUUCAAAUGAGAUUAUUGCAGAAGGCGGAACAGCUCCUGUGUGUUUCUCAUCAGCCUAUGUAGUCUAUGUUUAGUACUCAAGGCAGCAGCCUAAUAUUCUUUAAACAAACUUUACACAUUCAGUAUGGAUAUGAAUCACAGGUUCCUUGUAUAAAAGGCUUCUCAAAAAAUAAAAUUCCCUCUUUUAUUGCUGUGUA